AGGCGUCUUUUGGUGAGGCGUAGGCUGCUUCUGCUUCUGUACGAGUGAGGCGCGCGCGCGCUGGACUGUGAGGGGAUGGAGGCGCGGCGGCGAGGGCGAGGCGUCACGCUCGCCGAGCAGAUGGCGGCGUCGUCCAACCUCCGCGACCUCCUCAAGCUCCGCGACGGCGAGGGGGAGGACGACGGCGAGGGAGGCGGUGGUGGUCGCCGCCACCAUCGCCAGCCGGCUCCUCCGGUGGUGGUUGUGGGGAGGCGCCGCACGCUGCUCGACGUCAUCCGCGGCGUCGACGACCACGACGACGACGAACACCGCCACCAGCCGUCCUCCGGCUUCGUCGAGGGACACCGCUCGGCGACGUCGACGAGGGCGAGGGCGGUCGCCACGGCUGCUGCUCGCCCGCGCGCGGCGGCGGCGGCGGCGGGAGCACGGGGCGGGAGGGUGUCGUUGAUGGCGCUGCUGGAGCAGGCGGAGCGGCAGUGGGCGGCGACGGGUGGCGGCGAGCGGAGGCGCGUCGUGGAGGAGCACGCCACGGCGGCGGGGGAGGAGCAGGGGACGAACAACAAGGGCUGCGGCGUCGCCGUCGCCGGCGCCGGCGUGGGAGGGCGGUGCUGCGUGUGCAUGGCCCGCGGCAAGGGCGCGGCCUUCAUCCCCUGCGGCCACACCUUCUGCCGCGGCUGCGCUCGCGAGCUCCGCGCCGGCCGCGGCCGCUGCCCGCUCUGCAACGCCGCCAUCCACGACGUCCUCAACCUCUUCUGACCACCACCACCACCACCGACCACCUCCUCCGCCAUCACCGCCGGGCGCCGGCGACGACAUCCUCGCCGGUAUCCAUUAAUUCCGUCGAUCCAAUACACCAUUGUUGUAAUUGUUGUAACGCACAUCAGCACAUGUAGAUAUAAAUUUCACUUCUUGCAACUGCAAAUCAAAAAGAAAUCCUCAAAGCAUCGUCAGUUCAUCGAUCACCCGU